CUAGCGCCACCGCAUUCUGAAAGAGAAAAACGCGUCUUGAAAAAUAAAAUGCUGUGAAAAUUUUUGUAUUUUGCUACAAAAAACCUGUGAAAAAUUGCAAAUUCUUGCUUAAAUUAGUUAACAAGGUGAUGAUGGAUACGUAGGGCAAGUGGAAAUGCAGUUAUUUGUUGAUAGUGCGCGCGAGGAAGGACUGAAUGGCAUAACAGAGUGACAUAACCUAACUUUUUGAUGGAAGACUUUCCAAAAAAUGCAAAUUUUCUGCUAAAAAGAACAUUUUUGUGUGAAAAACUAAACGGAUUUAGGUGGAAAGUGACUGUGCGGUGACUAUAGAGACGCAGUGGAGUGUGUGGGACAAGUGUGUGGAGAAUAUGGCAUCAGCAUCUGGAAGUGGUGGUGCUUCCGGACAUGUAGAGUCCGGAAUCCUGCGGAAGCGCUCAAAAUUCAGCCCGGAGAAUCAGGAGGAGCUUCUGGUGUUUGGCUAUCAGUGUCAUCUGUUCCGGGACGACGAGAAAGCUCAGUUUAUUGAUCAAGGAAAACACCUAAUACCCUGGAUGAACGAUAAUUCGAUAAAAAUUGACAGGUUAAUAAUGUUUCUUUCACACACUUUUGCCACCUCUUCUAAUAAGCUAAGGAACAAAAUAAUAUUCUUUAAUCAUUGAACAAUAACUUUCUCCAAAAAAAAAAUUACAAGAGAGUCAUUGAGAAAUUUCGCAAAGUCUGAAAAAAAAACAAUAAAAAUCAUGCGAAAUAUCAAGAAAUUUGUAGCAGUUUUUCACAGCAACGAUUUUCAAUAAAAAAAAUUUAAAAAAAAAUUCCCACGGAUUCCGGGAGUCAACAUCCAUCAACACAGUGGAUUUUUUGCCUUACCCGAAGCUUGUGUUGUUAUUGAUAAAUCCUCGCAGGUUUGGUACGAUGUGCGUGCGACGCUCAAUGAUUUGAAAAUGUACGAGGCCCCACCGGGAGGAUACACCAAUCGCCUGGAUUACCUGUCAGCAGCGGAGCAGAAAGCUGAGCAACUCUGCGAGGAGGAACGCUACUACAGUCUCUACCACAACGAACGCGAAGAGGAAUACCAGCAAGAGGAAGAACUUAAGAGACUACAGACAUCUUCUUAUGCCCAAGUUAGCUUCAGUUAUGACAAUCCACCUGCUGCAGCGCUUCCGGAGAAGCAGGCCAGCGUCGAAGAGGAGGAAGUAGAUGAAGAAGUGUUUGAGCCAUCAGCUAAUUUUCCCAUUCCAUCGGAUAUUGAAUUGCCGCCAACGGUGAAGCUUAAUGCGAUAAUUGAGAAAACGGCACGAUUUAUUGCGAUGCAGGGGACUCAGAUGGAGAUUCUGAUAAAGACAAAGCAAGCAAAUAAUCCCCAAUUUGAGUUUCUGACCCAAAAUGGUCGUUUCAAUCGCUAUUACAAAUUUAUCUUGGCGGCUAUCAAAGACAAUCGCUAUCCGAGUCCAGAGACUGAUUCUGGGGCUUCCAAUGCGUCUGGACAUGUCCAGAGUGUUUCGGGGGAAGUGGCUAGGGAUGCUUCGCAGUCACAGAAAUCUCAGCAGAAGAAAGCUCUUCCCGUCCUAAAGUACAAACCAUCGGCUGAUUGUGCUUACACUCAGUUGAUUAGCAAGAUCACAGGAGCUCCUCUGCCGUCUCAGGGCCUUGAGGAGGCUCCUGUGGAAAUCACAGAAGUUAUCCCUGAGCCUUCCAGCCAUUCCAAUGGCAAGCCUGAAGUGCCGCAGCUUCAGGAUAAUGAAAAAGUUGAUUUCCGGAGGAAGGCUGAAAGUGUGGAAGUCAAGAAGAUUUCCACCGGUUUGAUGCUGGCUCAGUGCUACAAUUCCGAGUCUGAGAGCGAUGAUGACAGCAACAGCAGGAAUAGUCUGUUCAAAUUGGAUCUGCCCGUGCCUCCGGAGAGCCUACAACACAUUAUUGACAAGACAGCGGCCUAUGUGGCGAAGAAUGGGAAGGAUUUUGAGGAUAUUCUGCGCACAAAGCACGAUCCGAGGUUUUCCUUCUUGGACGAAUCAUCAGAGUAUCAUCGGUAUUACAUUUACAAAGUUACUGGAUCUAUCUACCUCCCGUCAAGUGUCAAUAAUGGGGAUAGUCAGGCGAAGCAAUCCUCCGUGCCAGAGCUUUUGAGCAAUAAAGCAAAAGAAACGGCUUCUGAGAAAGAAAUUGACCUUUUGCCAAAGGUCAUGACUCCUGUGUGCUUCUCAAUUCGAGCCAAAGAUGAUCCCCCUGUUCCCAUGAAGCCCGUCCUGCCGCAGGAGCCGAGCAGCGAUGAGGAAGUACCUGAGAAAAAUGGCUCUCAAUCUGAUACACGAGAAGCCGUUCCGGAGGAAAAAACAGAUCCUGUGGACAUCAACAGGGAUUUGGGGAUAAAUGUGGAGGAGAUUCUGGAGAUGGAGGAGAAGAAGGAGGCCAAGAGGGCGGAGGAAAAGGUGCGGGAUAAACUUGCAGCUGCAGCACGUGAGAAAUUGGGAUUGAUCUCCAAGGAGAAGCAGCUGCAAUUGGAGAGGAAGAAGAAGGCGAUGGCGUUUCUCACUCAAAUUAAAAGUUCAGGACUUGCAAAGGCAUCAGCUAAUGCAACUGCCACAGCUGCAGUGUCAGGAGGAAUUCCUCAGAGUCAGAAUUUGGUGGGGAAUGGUGAGAGAGAGCAGGAAAAUAAUUCUGAUUCCGAUGUGUCAAUUCAUUCACUGCCCUCUACAACGACAGUGUCUGAAAUGAGGGAGAAGAGUCGCAGUCGCAGUCGAUCUAAGAGUAGAAAACGACGCACAAGAUCAAGAUCAAGGACAAGAUCAUCGUCAACGAGAUCGAGGUCACGAUCACGAUCACGCCGGAGAUCGCCAUCGGUGAAGCGGAAAAAGAAGAAGUCUAAGCAUGAGCAUGGGAAGAAAAAGUCCAAGAGGAAGUCAAGGAGUAGAUCGGGAUCCAGGGAGAGGAAGCACAAGAAGAAGUCCUCGAAGAGAAGGAGUGAAGAUCGACACAGAUAAUUGUUCAACAUUUUGCACUUCUUUUUUUAGAGUGCACUUGAUAAUAAAAAAAAUUGUACAUAAGCUA